AUGGUUGCAGAUUCUGAAGCAUUCCAAGAGAUAAGACCUUUAUGUGUUGAAUUAUCUAAGUUGGCCUUCCAAGAGAGGAAUAUCUUCGAUUCAGAAUCAUCACAACUUAAAGAUGCCUUAAAAAGUAUUGAACAAAAAUUGUCAGGAUUCCAAACUGAUUCAUUGUCUUUAAAUUUUGCUGAUUAUGUUUUUGUCCCUAUAGGUAGCUUGCUGAAACAAGAACGGUUGGGAACUCCACAAACUGAAUUAGUAUUACAAAUCAUAGGACAUUUGCUAAGGCUAUGUUGGCACCAUAGCGGGACCUUGAACCAAGAAUUGGCUACGCAACUUUUCCCGUUACUCACGUAUCUUAUAAGUCCAGAUAAAGAUAAUGAGAAAUUGAAGGGUAUGUCUGUUUAUUAUAAGCUAGUUAGUGCACAAUUGCUGAAACAAUUCUUCACAUCGGUAAGCCAGCAAUCCUAUAAACAAGAAUUCUUCACAUCUGGUGGUGCAAAGCUGCUACCAAGUUUAGGGCACUGCAUUACAAUAUUAUUGGAUUUACUAGGUUCUGUUCCCUAUGAUAUUAAACUUCAAUUGUGUACUUUGGAAGGUUUGGAGAUAUUAUAUAAAAAAUUGGCUUCCAACGGUGAACUUCUUUCCUUUGUUUUGCCCGGUAAUAUAUCUGCAUUUGCCAAGAUAUUAUCUCUGCCUGGUCUGAAUAUACAAUAUAAAGUUGUUUCUUCCACUUUACAUAUAUUUACAUUACUGCUGCGAACAGUUUACGAUGACGUCGAUUUAAAUGUAUCAGAAUCAAAUAAAAAUGUUUUACAGUUAUUACCAGAAACUCUGGAUGAUGAUUUGAAAUUGAGCAAUGAUUUGAGGCUAAUUAAAAUGGAUGGUUAUUUAUCUGAAAGCUCAAAGAAACACAGAGAUAUAGCUUGGCUGAAAGCUACCUCCGCUCAAAUUAAAAGAGCACUAAAUAGUUUUACUGAAAAAAAUAUUAAAAGACAGAAUGCCUCUAUAAAUAUGGAACUAGAAAAAAUGGCAUAUAUUGCAUUAUCGAACUGCUCAAUUUCUCUAUCAAAUUGUUCCGAUGAUUUUUUGAAUAUUUUAGUAAGUUUAAAGUCUUCAUAUCUUUUACAAUUACCAAACAUUUGCGGGAGCUUAAGGGAAAUUAUAGAAUCCAAAUUUGUUAAAAUUGGAAAUGCACUACAUUUUGAUGAUACCAUCGAUCUUGAUUCAUUAUCGUUUGCUUUUAAAAUUCUAUGGCAAAUGGAGCCUGACAAAUCCAUGCUCUCAUUGGCAACCACUUCAAUUUUGGACAGUUUAUCUACCUUUUCGGAACAAAGCAUACAAAAAUAUGAAAAGAGUAAGGUAAUUGAACAAACCAGUAAUGUUAUCAUUAAAACAGUUCUACAAGAAAGUGAUGCUAAUCAGGAGUUUUUGUUGCCAUACUUACCUAACGAUACAGAAUCAUCAUUGUCACAGUUAAUUAAAUCAAUCGGAAGCACUAUAGAUAAUAACGAGAUUCUAGAUGAAACAAUAAAUAGUUUAUUGACGGGCGACUUAAAGUCAAAUAUUCAGCAGAAACUAUUGUCUUUAUGGGUAUCUACCCGAAUUUUAGUAGGAUCUAAAUUGUUAACAGUAACUUCAACAGAUGAUGAGCUCCUGGACUUCGGAAAUUGUGAAUCAGAAGUAGUACCAGAUUCCUGCUACAGUAUAUUAGAAUAUGGAAAUGAACUAUAUCAAGAGAUAGUUUUCCUGACAGAGGGUUCUCAAAUGUCAAAAAAUUCGGAACAAGCUUAUGCUAUCGUUCUAGAUUCUAUUAUGCAAGUUAGUGAAGUAAUGAACAAAGAAUUUGAAUCCGAAUUGAUUGAUUAUAUUUACAUUAUAGUUGACUCGCUGGCAUCUUCUUCGCCUAUUAUAAGAAAUAGGGCUCAAGUUUGUGCCAUGUCUAUUGCAAAGAAUCUUUACUCCGGGUCCAUUCAAAAUUUAUUGAUGAAUAAUGUUGACUAUCUUGUGGAAUCUAUUUCGAAUAGACUUAAUUCUGGUAUGACAGAGCGUGCCAGUAAGGUCCUUAUGGUUAUAUGUAAACUAUCUGGAUAUGAAGUUAUAGACAAAUUCAAAGAUGUGAUAGAAACGGUGUUUCGUUUGUUGGAUUACUACCAUGGUUAUUCCGAACUUUGUUUGCAAUUCUUUCAAUUUUUCGAAAUAAUUAUUAUUGAAAUGAAGAAAACGUUUUUGAAUGAGUCCGACAAUUCUAAAAUACAUGAAGAUGUUUCUAUCAACACAUGUGGUUUUGCACCGUGGGGUAUUCAAAAUUGGACUCAAUUAGUUUCAUUAUUAGAUAGUCAUACAAUGAAAGACGCCAAGUUAGCAGAAACAAUUGAAGUGGAAAUUGGGGAGCCUAAUAACUUUCAGGAUUACUUUGAUCAAAAGUUAAAAGAAAUUGACAGUGACGAUGAAGAGGAAAUUGAAGAAGACUCGGACUUUGACAUGGAAUCUCAAUUUGGUGGAAAAGAACAGAUGGAAAAUAAAUGGGAAUCUCCAAUCCCUAAGGAAUCAUAUAGAAUAUUAUUAAAAAUCAUAAACUACAGUGAUAGACUACUGAUGCAUCCAUCGAAACCACUUAAAGUUCAAAUAUUAAAAGUUGUGAAAAUGAUGUUACCCCUUUUAGCGACACAGAAGGAUUCUUUAUUACCACCGAUUGCACAAAUAUGGGGUUCGAUUGCAGAAUGCAUUAUGGAUUCUGAUUUUUCAAUAGUAAAGCCAGCAUGCGAAUGUGUGCAAAUGAUUAUAAAACAUUCAAAAGAUUUUGUAACCAAAAGGUUUGUUGACAUGUGGCAAGAAUUACAGAAAAGAUCUCAUAUAUUAAAGGAAGUGCAUUUAAACAAUACCAACACAAGUCAAACUAGUGUUGACUUAAUUUUUCAUCAAAAGUUUGCACCUAUAACUAAAGAUGCUCUAAUUUCAUUGAGCUCUAUGCUUCUUGAAGGAAUUGCAGUCUCUGAAUUAUUAUUAUCAGAAACAGUUGUAAAAGAAAUGAUGUAUUGUUGUAUACAAGUCCUCCCAACCGAUACAAUUGCAUCAAAAUCAAUAUAUCUAGGAGACGUCAUUUGGGAUAUCAUGCAUUAA